UGCCACCGCGGACCCCCGAGAGCUGCAAGGGGGUCACAAGGGUCCCCUCCCGAGGCUGGCACCGCCUCAGCACGAGGUCCCUCUGUGUGGGGGUUUCCCCUGACAGCCCCCCGGCACUCAGCCCCGUUCCCCCAGGGCUCGGCGGACUCCUACACCAGCCGCCCAUCCCUGGACUCCGACGUGUCCCUGGAAGAGGACCGUGAGGGCGCCCGGCGCGAGGUGGAGAGCCAGGCUCAGCAGCAGCUCGAGAGGGCCAAGCACAAGCCGGUUGCCUUCGCCGUGCGCACCAAUGUCAGCUACUGCGGGGCGCUGGAUGAGGAGUGCCCAGUGCAGGGAGCCGCCAUCAACUUUGAAGCCAAAGAUUUUCUGCACAUCAAGGAGAAAUACAGCAAUGACUGGUGGAUCGGGCGCCUAGUGAAGGAGGGGGGGGACAUCGCCUUCAUCCCCAGCCCCCAGCGCCUGGAAGCCAUGAGGCUCAAGCAGGAGCAGAAAGCCAGGAGAGCUGGCAAUGCCUCGGGCCUCGGCGACAGCGGGAGCCGGCGAUCGCCUCCCCCCUCCUUAGCCAAGCAGAAGCAGAAGCAGACGCAGCACAUCCCACCCUACGACGUGGUCCCCUCCAUGCGGCCCGUGGUGCUGGUGGGGCCCUCACUGAAAGGAUAUGAGGUCACCGACAUGAUGCAGAAAGCCCUCUUCGACUUCCUCAAGCACAGAUUCGAUGGCAGGAUCUCCAUCACACACAUCACAGCUGACCUGUCCCUGGCCAAGCGCUCCAUCCUCAACAACCUGGGCAAGCAGGCGAUCCUAGAGCGCUCCACCACCCGCUCCAGCAUUGCCGAGGUGCAGAGUGAGAUCGAACGCAUCUUCGAGCUGGCCAAGUCGCUGCAGCUGGUGGUGCUGGACGCUGACACCAUCAACCACCCGGCCCAGCUGGCCAAGACCUCCCUGGCACCCAUCAUCGUCUACGUCAAGGUGUCCUCCCCCAAGGUCCUGCAGCGGCUCAUCAAGUCCAGGGGCAAGUCCCAGGUGAAGCACCUCAAUGUGCAGAUGAUGGCAGCUGACAAGCUGGUGCAGUGUCCCCCGGAGCUCUUUGAUGUGAUCCUGGAUGAGAACCAGCUGGAGGAUGCCUGUGAGCACCUGGCUGAGUACCUGGAGGUUUACUGGCGUGCCACGCACCACCCGCCACACGCCCCCCACGCUGUCCCCUCGCCCACCGGACUCCCCGGCCUGCAGGUAGCC